AUGGCGACAAAUUCGUCGACAAAAGACGGCACUCUCCGGCGCAUGUAUGAGACGGAAGAGUGGGCUGACCUUACGAUCAAAACGGCGACCAAGGACUUUAAAGUCCACAAGAGCAUCGUGUGUCCAGCCUGUCCAUUUUUUCACGCUGCGUGCACAAACGAGUUCAAGGAGUCCCAUACUGGCAUCAUUCACCUCGAAGACAGUGCGAGUGUAGUCGAUGCGAUACUGCGACACCUCUAUGAGCUCCCCAUCGAAUGGCUCUCCUACCGUCAAUGGGAUCUAGAGCAUGCAGUCACGCCCGGCGGUUCUGCUGCUGUCAUGCCUACACGGCGUGUCGGUAGGGCGGUCAGUAAAAUGCCGAAAUCUAAAGAUGUCCCUACCCAUGAGAGGAUGAAGAGGAUCUUGCGCAAAAUCUUGGACCUCGAGCUCGCAGUGAACAAGUAUGACAUCAAGGGAAUCAACACCACUAUCUGUGCUUCUUUCCUGUUCCACUUUGAGUACAUCUUGGACAUCAAAUGUGUGGUGGAGACUGGAGCUGAGGUGUUUGAUGAGGAAAGACCUCCUAAUAAAACUCUUCGUGCCGUGGUCGCGAUGGAAACCUCGUGGCGGCUCGACGAGAUCAUCGCGAGCCCGUGCGCAUGGGAAAUCUUUCAUUCCAACGAGGACUACAUGAAAGAAACCGUGAGCCCCCGAGUGCCGCGGACGAUUGGGGAGAUUUUUCGAGGGAAUCCUGGCACAGACUAA